AUGCUUAGCAAACUUAGCGUAAUUACUGCCCUUGUAACAAUUGGGUUAAUCUCCUACAGCGUAAAUAGCAUCAAUUUUGAUUAAAUCGAAACUAAACUUAGAAAUUUCAGACAGACCAUUGAAAAUAGCAAGACCUUUCAAAAUAUUUAAAAUGACCCCAAUCUCAACCCAAUCAAGGUUUUAGAUGAUGUACAGAGAAAGAAAUACACCUUGAAUAUGGAUCCAAAUAUCCCUGAGAUCUAUAGUCUUAGUUCAUGGAUUAGUGAUUUGAAAACAAAUCCUAAACUUGGUUCUUUGAAAAUUAAUUAACUAGCUCUUCCAGGUGCUCAUCAUGCUGGUCUUACUAAUGUUAUUACAAAUGAAACAGUCAUCUCAAGCAUGUUCGAUAAGAUUGGGCUUCAAGCAACUUACAAGGAGAAAGAAAGUGACAAGUAAUUCAUUUAAAGCACUGUGAAUUCUCUUUUUGUUCCACAUAGACAUGAUAUAGAUGAUAUGCUAUUCCUGGGAGCUAGGUAUCUAGACUUAAAAGUUGCCACUGAUUAAACUAAACCCUCUCAAGUCUAUCUUGCUCAUUGUCUCUUAUCAAAUAUCACACUCUAAUCUGCACUUAUAUCAAUUAACAAGUUUAUUAAGAAAAAUCCAGGUGAAAUAAUCAUCAUUGACGUUUCUUAAGCAUAUUAUCCUCUUGGAAACUCAGGCGGAUAAGUCUCAUCCUAUCUCUUAGAUUCAAUUAUCAGAGAAAACAUAGAUCCUCAGUAUAUUUUAACUAGAUAGAGUGUAAGCAAGCCCAUUUCAAGUUAUGGUGGUGUUUAUAUUACUGGAUAUACCUCUUAGAUAUUUUCAACAAUUGUCUUGAAAUCAAGCUGGCAAUUAACAAAGGGUGACAAUUCUAUGCAGGUUGUUACUAACCUAAAAAAUUACUAUGAAAGUGGUGCUUAUGUUAAACAGCAACCCUUAGAUUACGAUUUUCUCAAGAGCAAUACCUAUUUAACUCCUUCUGAGACUACUUUAUAACAAACAGUUAUAUAAGAAGCAGAUUCGGAGGGAAGACAAUUUCCUCUAGAUCCACUUGUUAGCGCUGAGUAUAUCCCUGCUGAUAACAUUCAAAGCUCUCGAUUAACUAACCCACUCUUCUUCAAUACUCUCAAUAGAUCACCUAAGAUGUAUCAAGCAUUGAGUAUUAUAGAAAUGGCUGAUUUUAACUCUGGGGAUUCUAUCAGAGUAAUUUAGUUGAAUAUCAACAGACACUUCUGA